GCAUUUCUUCCCCAGUAGGCGGCGCGCUGUGACCCAUCGUAAUACACAGCGGUGAGAGAGGUAGUAUGAUGAGAGGAAGGAAGGAGGGAGUAGAGGAGGGAGGAAGGAGGAGGAGGAGGAGGAGGAGGAGGAGAAGGAGGGAGGUAUUGCAUUGGUGGUUUGUUGAUGAUGUCCCGCGCACUGUGAUUAUCACUACCUGUCUUUACUGCGUGUUGGAAGAAGAGAAAGAGGAGGGAAGAGGAGGGAGAGCACGAAGAGGAGGAGGAGGAGGAGGAGGGGGAGGAGGAAGAAGAGGAGGUUUGAUAUUGCUGUUCCUCGCAGUGUAUUAUCACUACCUGUCCUCCGUGCCGACGAGAAGAGGAAGAGGAAUAAGAGGAAGAGGAGGAGGAGAAGAGGAAGAAGAGGAAGAGGAGGAGGAGGAAAAGGAGGAGGAGGAAAAGGAGGAGGAAGAGGAGGUAGAGGAGGUGGUGGUAGAGGGGGGAGGAGGAGGAAUAGGAGGAGGAGGAGGAAUAAGAGGAGAAGGAGGAGGAAUAAGAGGAGGAGGAGGAAUAAGAGGAGAGAAGGAGGAGGAAGAAGAGGAGAAGGAGGAGGAGGAAGAAGAGGACGACUGCUCUGCCGACGUGGAUGGGCUCUUGUUUGGCCGCGUGUCAAGGCGCAUGGUGACCAAUCUAUGUGACGAUAAUGAGCCUUCUCUACCCCAUCAAGAGUGCAUUGCCCACAUCACCGGCUUUUGCUGUCCCGGUCGCCCUAUGAGCUUUUACAAUGGCGUCGGCCAAGUGGAUUUCAGCAAGUUGCAUAGCAUCAUGCUCACUCGUGAAAGCACCUCCCCCUCCAGCGAUCCUCCCAUUGGUUGGUUCUUGAUCCGGCGGAACUCCCCCCUGAGGCCGUCGAUGAGAGAGGUGGCAGUCUGUGCGAAUCUCUCGGCUGUGAAGCCCGACUGCCCGGGCGCGAUCCCGACCUUCACCCCCUGUCUCUUCUCCCUGUUCACCUCCUUCAGUUGCGACGCCAGAGCCAUUCACACCUAUGAUUAUAGGUUCUUUCAGCACUUGAAAGUGCUAGAUGAUAACUCCGCCGGGAUGGCCCCGCGACCUGUGUCGAUCGUGAAUCUUGGCCCCGCCUUCCGCGGGCAGUACGACUCCUUUGCGCCGGUCUCCGCCGUUCCGCUGCUGCUGUAUUCGGGGGAGGAGCUGCCAUCGUCGGGGCCGCGGGGAUCUGCUCCGUCAUCACAAGCACAAGAUCAUUCGUCGAAGUUUCAUCAAUCUCAGCAGCAACAAGGAGGGGGGGGUGGUCUUGCUGAGGUGGUGGGGGACCACCACCAUUCGGCGCUGUCUAAUUCCGGCAGAUCGGACGGUGCACGCAGCGUAUGGACAUCGUUGGGAGAUGGAAGGAGGGAGGAAGAGGAGGAGGAGGGAGGAGCGCAGGCGAUCCUUGAUCGAGUGGCGCAGGGGUACUCGGUAAACAGCCUGCGAUUGCUAACGGAGCUGAGCUGUAAAGGACACGUGGCAGAAAUGGAGGCGCUCUACAAUAGAAUGCUUGCAAAACUCGAGGAUGUGGCACACCAGGUCGGGAAUGCGAAUACCAUUCUGAUGCAAAAGCUGGAGUUGAUUGAGAGGUUGAAGGCGACGCCUGCGGGAAGUCCGAUAAAUUUUGCUUGAUGCUGGCGGUGCCAGUGGGGGCACCCCGUUUCAGACAGCUGAAAGCGAUGUCAGGACGUGUCAGCCACCUCUACUCGGUUUUGAACGGACUGGCGAGGCGUUGUCGGUGUAGUUCAGUUCUGAGUGUAGUUGUGUGAUGAUGAUGAUGAUGAUAUAUGCAUGACAGCGAAGGGUCGAGGACGGGUAUACGGGUUAUGGGUGUGUCAAGAGAGAGAGCCUGCACGUCUGGAGGCCGAAUGCCGUGACUGCGCGAAUUGAGUCGUCAUCGUGCGAAUGGCGCAAAUGACACAAUCACAAUCAACGACUGUGUGUCCUUGCUUUUCCUGCGGACCGUCGAGGGCGGCAGUUAUGUUUGCAUUGACAAACCUUUGCGAGUCGGGAGCGCGAAUUACGGCACUUUGCGAAUAGCGCGAAUUACGGCACGAUUGCACCAACUGUCCGUCCUUGUGUAUGCCCGCACUAGGUCCUGAAUAUUGUUGCGGAACCGGUGCCGGCUGGUCGGCGUCACAGUUUUAUUUUGAGCCGCGGGCUGACGUAGUGGUAUUGCUUUCUGGUGCCGCAUUUCUCUUGACGGCAAGAGGAGAAUAAUAUUAAUAGUUCAAAUCAAGUCGGCAAUGCACAGAGUACGGGAGAGCGAGAGAGAGAGAGAGAGAGAGAGAGAGAGAGAGAGAGAGAGAGAGAGAGUACAGAGUAAUGGGCACAAAAAAAUUUCUGCUUUCAGACUGCCUUCCCUCGCUGUUGGUGUUGGCUCGACUCGAAGCUUUUUUUUUUCGCUCGCAGCGUAACAGCGU